AGACCCGGGCACUAUUAUGUCCCGGGUGUGGUGGCUUUGAGCUGAGGACAACCCGAGCCUCCCUCUGGCCUGGCACGGCUCCCUUUAGGAGCCGACCGGCCAGCUCCUUCCUCCGGCGCCACUAGGGCGUGGAGGCCCCCGGGGCGAGCGGGCGCCGCCGCCGCUAGGGUGCAACCCUGCCCUGGCCCAGCAGGUCCCGCUCCGUGCCCGCCGCCGGAGGAAAGCCGAGGCGACCGGCCGCCGCCCCGCGAAGGGAGGGGGCGGCGGAGCCGCAGCAGCUUCAGGUUUCCUCCUGGAGCUGGUGGCGGGCGCGGCCAUGUGAUGAGGCGGCGACGAGCCCGGCUGGCCAGAGAUGCAGGAGCCAUGGAGUUGAGCUGCAGUGAAGUGCCUCUUUAUGGACAGAAGACGGUCUAUGCAAAGUUUGGCAAAAACGUGUAUCUACCCGAAGAUGCGGAGUUUUACUUUGUUUAUGGCGGGUCGCAUCAGAGGCACGUGGUGAUUGCUGACCGUGUCCAGGACAAUGUCCUCCAAUCUAGCAUUCCAGGCCACUGGCUUCAGGAGACGGUGACGGUAUCUGUGUGCCUCUGCUCGGAAGGGUACUCCCCAGUGACCAUGGGCUCUGGCUCAGUGACCUACGUGGACAACAUGGCCUGCAGGCUGGCUCGUCUGCUGGUCACUCAGGCUGACCGACUCACGGCCUGCAGUCACCAGACGCUGCUGACCCCGUUUGCCCUGACAGUGGAAGCGCUGCCUGCCUUGGAUGAGGAGCUCGUGCUGGCUCUGACCCAACUGGAGCUGCCUUUGGGUUGGACAGUCCUGGGAAAUUCCUCACUUGAAGUAUCUCUACACAGAGAGUCUCUCCUGCAUCUGGCUGUGAGAUGGGCCCUCCCUAAGCUAUUCCACUUCCUCUUGUGUCUCCCUGGAGGAGUCAAGGCCUUGAAGCUACCUAAUGAAGAGGCCACCACACCAUUAGACUUAGCUUUGCAAGGUGGACACUCCACACUGGUAGAAGACAUCACAAAUUUUCAGGGUAGCCAUUCCCCAGGCUUCUCCCGACUGCGUCUUAACGAAGAGGCCACUCUGCAGUUUGUUCAUUCAUCGGAAACAUUGACCCUGACCGUUAACCACACAGCUGAGCAUCUCUUGGAAGCAGACAUCAAACUCUUCCGGAAAUAUUUCUGGGACAGAGCCUUUCUUGUCAAGGCUCUUGAGCAAGAAGCCAAGACUGAGAAAGCAACCAUGCCUUCUGGAGCUGCAGAAACUGAAGAAGAGGUUAGGAAUUUGGAGUCUGGCAGAUCACCAUCGGAGGAGGAGGAGGAUGCAAAGAGCAUCAAAAGCCAGGUGGAUGGGCCGAGUGAACACGAAGACCAGGACCGCCUACCUCUGGAUCGCUCCUUUGAUGGCCUCAAAAAAUCCAAGCAUGUCCCAGCGUCCCUUGCUGCAGGCCAGCUCUCUGAUGUUCUGAACGGGGGUGAUGAAGUCUACGCUAACUGUAUGGUGAUUGACCAGGUUGGCGAUUUGGAUAUCAACUAUAUAAACCUAGAGGGACUCUCCACCCAUACGAGUCCCGAGUCUGGGAGGUCCAUGCUGGGGCCUCAGGCUUGCAUGCACACCCUUCCUCCCGACACCAGUCCCUGCGGGCGCCCACUCAUUGAGAACAGUGAGGGGACCCUGGAUGCUGCAGCUUCGCAGUCUUUCGUGACACCAUCCAGUUCUCGCACUUCCAACUUGAACCUUUCUUUUGGUCUCCAUGGAUUUGAAAAGGAGCAGAGUCAUCUCAAGAAAAGGAGUUCUAGCCUGGAUGCCCUGGUUGCCGACAGUGAGGGGGAAGGAGGUUCUGAGCCCCCCAUCUGCUAUGCUGUGGGCUCUCAGAGUUCCCCAAGAACUGGACUCCCCAGCGGGGAUGAACUGGACUCUUUUGAGACCAACACUGAACCAGACUGUAAUAUCUCCAGGACCGAAUCACUCUCUCUGUCCAGUACUCUGCAUUCAAAGGAGUCCUUGCUUUCUGGGAUCCGGUCUCGCUCCUACUCCUGCUCAUCACCCAAAAUCUCUUCAGGAAAAUCCCGGCUAGUGCGCGACUUCACAGUGUGCAGUACCAGCGAAGAACAGAGAUCAUAUAGUUUCCAGGAGCCACCAGGAGAAAAAAGGAUUCAGGAAGAAGAAUGGGAUGAAUACGUCAUUCCUGCCAAAUCCGAGUCUGAAAAGUACAAAGUGAGCCGAACUUUCAGCUUCCUCAUGAACAGGAUGACCAGCCCACGGAACAAAUCUAAGAUGAAAAACAAGGACACUAAAGAAAAAGAAAAAAUGAAUCGACAUCAGUUUGUCCCGGGAACGUUCUCCGGGGUUCUGCAGUGCUCCGGUUGUGAUAAAACACUCCUGGGGAAAGAGUCACUCCAGUGUGCCAACUGUAAGGCAAACACACACAAGGGCUGCAAAGAUGCUGUGCCUCCGUGUACCAAGAAAUUCCAAGAGAAAUACAACAAGAACAAACCACAGAGCAUCCUUGGAAGCUCUUCAGUCAGAGACGUCCCAGCACCUGGGCUCUCCUUGCACCCUUCUUCCUCUAUGCCCAUCGGACUGCCAGCUGGAAGGAAGGAAUUUGCGGCUCAGGUGCAUCCACUGUCCAGAAGUGUCCCCGGCACCACUUUGGAAAGCUUCAGGAGGGCAGUGACAUCGUUAGAGUCUGAGGGUGACAGCUGGAGAAGCAGGUCUCAUUCCGAUGAGCUGUUCCAGUCUAUGGGCUCUUCUCCUUCCACGGAGUCAUUCAUGAUGGAAGAUGUUGUGGAUUCUUCUCUGUGGAUCGACCUCAGUAGUGAUGCUCAGGAGUUUGAAGCAGAGUCUUGGAGUCUCGUGGUGGACCCUUCCUUUUGCAGUAGGCAGGAGAAGGAUGUCAUCAAAAGACAAGAUGUCAUUUUUGAGCUGAUGCAGACAGAGGUCCACCACAUCCAGACUCUGCUCAUCAUGUCCGAGGUCUUCAGGAAAGGCAUGAAGGAGGAACUGCAGCUGGACCACAGCACGGUGGACAAGAUCUUCCCCUGCUUAGAUGAGCUGCUGGAGACUCACCGGCACUUCUUCUUCAGCAUGAAGGAGCGCAGGCAGGAGUCCUGCGCUGGCAGUGACAGGAACUUUGUGAUCAACCAAAUUGGAGACAUUCUGGUACAACAGUUUUCAGAGGAAAAUGCAAGCAAAAUGAAGAGGAUCUAUGGAGAAUUCUGCAGCCAUCACAAAGAAGCCAUGAGUCUCUUUAAAGAGCUGCAGCAGAACAAGAAGUUUCAGAAUUUUAUUAAGAUCCGAAAUAGCAACCUGUUGGCUCGUCGCCGCGGAAUCCCGGAGUGCAUCCUGCUAGUUACCCAGCGCAUCACAAAGUACCCAGUCUUGGUGGAAAGGAUCCUGCAGUACACCAAGGAAAGGACUGAAGAGCACCGGGACCUGUGCAAAGCUCUCGGCUUAAUUAAAGACAUGAUCGCAGCCGUGGACCUGAAAGUCAGCGAAUACGAGAAGAACCAAAAAUGGCUCGAGAUCCUAAAUAAAAUCGAGAACAAAACAUACACAAAGCUCAAAAAUGGCCACGUGUUUAGAAAGCAGGCGCUGCUGAGCCAGGAACGGGCUCUCCUGCAUGAUGGGCUUGUCUACUGGAAAACCGCUACGGGUCGCUUCAAAGACAUCCUGGCUCUGCUACUAACUGACGUGCUGCUCUUCUUACAAGAAAAAGACCAGAAAUACAUCUUUGCAGCUGUUGACCAGAAGCCAUCAGUGAUUUCCCUCCAGAAGCUGAUUGCUAGAGAAGUUGCCAACGAGGAGAGAGGCAUGUUUCUGAUCAGUGCUUCGUCAGCCGGCCCCGAGAUGUACGAAAUCCACACCAAUUCCAAGGAGGAGCGGAAUAACUGGAUGAGGCGGAUCCAGCAGGCAGUAGAAAGUUGUCCAGAGGAAGAAGGAGGAAGGACGAGCGAGUCGGAUGAAGAGAGGCGGAAAGCUGAAGCUAGAGUGGCCAAGAUUCAGCAAUGUCAAGAAAUACUCAGUAACCAAGACCAACAGAUUUGCACGUACUUGGAAGAAAAGCUGCAUAUCUACGCUGAACUUGGGGAACUGAGUGGCUUUGAGGAUGUCCACCUAGAACCCCAUCUGCUCAUCAAACCUGACCCUGGAGAGCCUCCCCAGGCAGCGUCCCUGCUUGCAGCAGCCCUGAGAGAAGCCGAGAGUCUGCAAGUGGCUGUGAAGGCUUCAAAGAUGGGCGAUGUAAGCCAGUCAUCCGAAGAAAGCCCUGGAGGGACUGUCCUGAUGGACACACCCAGUACACAGGAUGUACCAGCGUCACCAACUGCUUAAUGUGCACAUAUGUUUUUCAUUUCGACCGGCCAGAUUCAUCAAGGGAGUUGUACUGCUCUGGGUGAUUUCCUUUAGAAGAGCCACAUUAUGCCAUUGAGGAAGUGCUCUCUAAAAAUACUGAGGGUUUGCCGCCAUCAGCCCCGCCCCAGGGACAGCUGGGAGGCUCCUCUGUGCCCUGCAGCUGUUUGGAGCCCUCCCCAGGUCCUCUCCUCCCUUCAGGCAGGCCAGUGAGGGUUCUCCCUGUCCGAAUCCUACAGAAUCUACACCCAUUUGCUAGACCUAGAACAGCCUGCCCUGCCGUUAGGAUCAGGCAUGGGGUGAACCUGUAUGCCAGAAGCCAUCCUUUUUGGCUUGGCUUGGAUUACGGUGCUCUGAGAGUUUGGUCUCUUUAUACAGUUGUUAAGGGCAGAAGAGGAUCCCUCAAAGAAGGACCAGAGUAGCUUUGCAGUGGGCUUCAGGGAGGGCCUUUGUGAAGCGAGCCCCUGUCGGUCUGAGGUUACAAGCUCAUGAGUACACUUACCAAAGGAGACUAUUAUACUCUACUGUCCAGAAUGGUCAGUCCAGUGGAGACCCUGUUGCCCACCCUGAAGCUAUGCCUGAGGGUGCAGAAACUUCUGGAAACUCCCCUUCUACCUCUGCUCGGCCCCAUCUUAGCUUCCUCCAACGUUUAACUGUUAAUGUGAGGAAGUGGGCAAGAGGAACAGACUGGCUCCUGGUUUGGAGAUGGCUUGACUGUCUCUUUAGGCGUUAGGAAAAGUUGCUAUAAAUUGUCCCUCCAACAUCCUUGCCUAAGAAGUGCUCGCUUGCACCGGGUGACCUUGGCUUUUCACUGGGUUCAUUCGAAGUGGUUCCCACUCACAGAAAACUCUGGCUUAGAAGAGGCUUUCUGGAAUCCUGGGCAGCUGCUGUUUCCUAAUGGUGAUACAUGUGAUUUUUAAAAUUUAAACAAAGAGAAAGGGGCAGCCCCUUGUUAGAAAUAAAGAUGCGUGAUGAUACCAUAUUUUUAAAAGAAGUUUAUAAACAUCACAAAAUGAGUAUUUUGGUCAGGAUCCUGGUCAGAUAUUGCUCCAAUGAAGUUGGGGGUGGGGUGGGGUGGAGCAGCCUUGAGAAGCCUGGUUUAAGUCAGGAAAAGGUGAACAUAGCCUAAGUUUUAACUGAAAUCCAUAAAGCAAUGAUGAAAUCCUGCCGACCGAGGUUUCACCGGUAAAGGUAAAUUUGUAUUUGGUACUUAACAUCUCUGGAUGUGUUUUCCUAGGUCAAAUGUAUUUACAGUGUUAAAGCUUAAGUGGGAAGUGUGAGCAAAGCUGGAAAUGAGGAGAAACUGAGGCAGGCUCUCAGUUUUUAUGACUCUGAGACCAUAAAGUGUUAGCUGCCUCCAGCCUUCUUAGAUCAGUGCCCUCUGGACCUGCGUUCUAAACCUUGUCCAUCAGCUGCUGCUCUUGUACUGGCCUCGAGGGAGCCUUUUAUGGACCUGGGUCUGCCAAGAGACCUUGCUGUAAUUCCACUGGGCACCUGUUUUAAAUUACUUCUUUCCCAGGCAGCUUUGUCCUAUUAAAUGAAAGCGAGAUGUAGACUCGGUACCACAAACAGCCCAUGGACACAUGAGCCCAAGAAAGAAGCGCAGUUAAAAUGGCAGGUGGCAAAGGAUGCUGCUUGGUGUCUCUUAGCCUGUAAGCUCCGGGAGAGCAGGGACUGCGGGCUUCCUUGCGAUCUCUAGCGCCCCCUGUAGGUUCAUUCAGUAUGUAUUAUCUCGUGAUGACUCCUUUUUUUGAAGUGUGCUUCAGUU